AUGGUCAUUAAUGUUUUGGUGAAUUCUCUGAGAGGUAGUAUGUUUCUUGAAUCUUAUGAUGCUAGUGACUCCUCAACCAAUUCCAAUAAAAUGUUCAACUUGUUUGAGAAGACAAUAUUUAAAGUUGGACCGGAAAAUGUGGUUCAAGUUGUUACUGAUAACGCAAGUGAGAAUAAAAAAGCGGGUGACAUGUUGAAAGGAGUUUUCCCAAAUAUUUAUUGGACUCCUUGUGCUGCACAUUGUAUCAACUUGGUGUUUGGUGACAUUUUCAAGUUAGCCCCAUAUUCUAUCGUUUUUGCUAAGGCAAUCAAGAUACAUUCUUACAUUAGUCAAAGGCCGUUGUUGUUGAACAUGAUGAGAAGAUACACAAAACAAAGAAAUUUGGUGAAAUCGGCUAAGACAAGAUUCGCAACAGCUAUCUUGACCUUGCAUAGCUUUUACCUACAAAAGCAAAAUUUGCGAACCUUGUUCUUGUCAACCGAAUGGAGUGAGAGUAUCUAUGCAAAGGAAGCUCUUGGGAAAGAAGUUGCGAGAUUUAUUAUUGGUCCAUAUUUUUGGAAUGACACUGUUCAAGCACUUAAAGUUGCCAUGGAUAGAGCUAAAGAAGCUAUUGAGAAGGCAUUUGAUCAUGAUAGGAGGAAAUAUGAGAGAGUGUUUGAAAUCAUUGAUAAAAGGUGGGAUGAUCAGCUUCAUCAACCUUUACAUGCAGCAGGGCAUAUUUUGAAACCCGGAUUGUUUUACACAAACAAUGAGAACAAAACUUUAGAUUUAAACAUUUGGAAGGGGUAUCAUGCAUGUGUUGCGAAGUUGGUGCCAGAUGAAGCGAUGCAAGAUAGGAUUCAUACUAAGAAGAGGAACAGGCUUGAGCUAAAGAAACUCAAUGAUCUCGUGUUCGUAAAAUAUAAUAGAACAUUGGCUCAUCGUUACAAAGCUCGCAAUAUCAUUGAUCCAAUUUUAUUGGAUAACAUUGAUGAAGCAAAUGAAUGGUUAACCGGAGGCCCCGAAAAUCAUGAAGAAGAAGAAGUGUUUGAAGGAGAAGGUCUCACUUUUGGUCAUGUUGCUAUGGCAAGUGGAGUUGAAGAGAAUGUUUAUGGUUUUAGGGGAAGUACUUUAAGGACCAAAGAAAGAGUAUCUCCAAGUACAAGUACAUGUACAAGUAGAACCCUAAUUAAUGAAGCCUCUGAUGAAGAAGAUGACCAAUAUAAUAACUCGAACAUGAUGACACUUCAAGAGUUUGGAGAUCUUGUUGAAGAAUAG